AUGAAGGUGAUCUUUAAAGAUUUUAAAAAAGAGAAGAUUCCUAUCGAUAUCGAUUCCGAAGACACCAUUUUCUCUGGCAAGGAGAAACUUGCGUCUGUGAAGCAAUGCGAACCGGAGCAGUUGAAGUUUGUGUAUUCAGGAAAGAUUCUUAAGGAUGAUAAGACCUUUGAUAGUUUUAAGGUGAAGGAAGAUGAUCAGAUAAUUUUUAUGAUUUCCAAAGCCAAGAAAGUUAAGAAGGAAGAUUCUAGAGAGGGCAAUGAGGCAGAGCAGACCAGCAAGUCGAAGGAGGGGAUGGCUACUUCUGCUACUGAAGGUACUCCUAUAGCUGCCGCUGCCGCUGCUGAGACGCCUGCUGCCACAGAAGUAUCUGUAACUUCAGACGCGCCUAUUGCUACUGGCUCUACAGACACUGCUGAAGUUAAUACGAGCACUGAAGAAUUUGAUGCCUCAACUUUUGCCGUUGGACGAGCACGCGAAGCGGCAUUGCAAAACAUUGUUGCCAUGGGUUUUGAAAGAGAGCAAGUUGAGAGAGCACUGACUGCUGCAUUUAAUAAUCCUGAUAGAGCGGUGGAGUACCUUUUGAAUGGACUACCGGAGAUUCAUUCUCAGAGCAACCCUACCGCUGUGCCAGCUGCUGAGUCAACUGUUACCGAAAUUGGUAACUCAGAAGGAGUUCAAAAGGCAACUGACGACUCCAAGUCCUCUGAAGCUGCUGCAUUAUCGGUGGCCCCAUCGGCAUCGGGUGUGGCUUCUAAUACGACUGCUGCUCCUGCUGCUACUGCUGCUAUUACUACUGCCGCCACUACUGCUGCUACUACGGCUGCUAUUUCGUUACCCACUUCUACCCCUAAUCCCAACAACUUGUUUGAGCAGGCAGCAGCUCAACAAUCUGGCGAAACCCAGCAAAGUGGGGACUAUAUCUCGUCACUAAGAGAGCUUUUACAGCAGCAGCCAGAGAUGGCAGAGGCUGUACUCCAGCAGUUAGCAGCAUCUAAUCCACAGCUAGCCCAGGUGAUCCGUACAAACCCAGAGGCAUUUAUGAGGUAUCUUACAGAUGGUGAUCAAUCAGCAUUAGGAGAAGCUUUGGGAAUACCUAGAGAGUACUUGGAAGGUGCUGAGGGAGCAGAAGAUGAAUCAGGAGAUAAUGCUACUCGUAUUGAAAUUACACCAGAGGAGAAUGAGGCCAUAAGUAGACUCUGUGAGCUUGGCUUCGACAGAAACUUAGUUGUACAGGUGUAUUUUGCGUGUGAUAAAAACGAGGAGAUGGCUGCAAACUUGUUGUUCAGCGAGCACGCAGAUUAG